AAACACUCUACAGGUGUCAUAUUAACUGGACGGGUCCGAUCGUAUACGCCUUUUACGAUUUCGGCCUUUCCAAAUAAUACGAACCAUAGAAUGAGUUUUCAUUCUGAUACAGGUGUGAGUGGUGUCAUGAGGAAUCAAAAGAAAAAUGGAAGUGAGCAAAAAACCACGAAAUAUAUUCUGGGCUCGAGUUCUGUCAACUUGUCAAUAAGGAGUUUUGAUUUGGCUAAAACUAUUGAUAAGCUGAGUCGUAAAUUUCCACCUGAAGCUACACAACAAAAGUUUCAGCCUGCUCUGGAGAAGAUUCCACUACCAAGACAACUUCACACUAUUCAUCAGCCACGCAAAUGCUGAUUCAAGAGGUUAACUCUGCACCAUGUGACAGCCACCAUUCAAACUGAAGAAAGCAAUGAUGGUAUUUGAAAUAUCAAUGACAGUCCCUUCCAUAGCUGUAUAAUUCAAUGUAGUGCCUUCCAUAUAGCCUAACCUGCUAGAAACCUUCCUGACCAAAUCCAAUAUUAGUUCAAUAUGUCUAUUAGUGUACCAGAUUUAUGUAGUUGAUGUCUCCUGAGGUUAAAUUUGACUAUUUAAAAUGAUUGUCAGUCAGCGUGACAGCUGAUACAAUGGAAAUUUAAGUUUUUUUCAUCACUUUUUUUAACCUUGUGAUGUCAAGGAAUGACAAAUGAUAAGUAGUCCCAUGACAGUAGAAACUUCAAAUGAUUAUUUCAAAGUAUUACAUCUGUUUAUAUGCAAGGAACCAAAAUGGGGACUUUGCGUCUAACCAACUGCACCAUCCUCCUUCCUGCUCUGAAUUGAUGAUAAAUUUUCUUGCAUUUGCAGUGGUACUAGUUUCCAUUUUCCAUCUUUGUGUUUCCACCUUCAAAAGCAUUUAAGUGAGAGGAUUUUAUUUUACUGCAAUAUAUAGAGCUUUGGUGAGAUCAUGUCUGGGAUAUUGUGGAUCGUUCUGUACUACGACCUUACCUAGCUAAAAAUAUUUGCUAUAGAGGGAUUAAAACCAGGUUCACCUAACUCCCUCCUGAGAAGGAGGGAUUAUCCUAAUCUAAGGUGAUCUCAUUGAAUCUUGUAAGAAUUUCUCUUGUUUAACAGCAUGGAUGCAGGAAAGGUAUUGCCUGCCCCUGAUCUAAAACCAGGGGACACAAUUACAGAAUAAGAAGCCAUUUUUGGACCAAAAUGAGAAGGAAUUUUUCUCAUUUGGUUAAUCUUUGGAAUUGUCCCCAAUGGCCCAGGAGACUUGAGCAUUGAGAAUUUUCAAUAUGGAGAUCAAUGAUUUUGAGAUAUUAAAAAUAUCAAAUAAUGCAGGAAGUUGGUGUCG